GUGAUGGUUAGCAGGCGGCCGAAAAGGGCUACUUCGGCGCCGUUUUAAGAGUCCUGCUAACCAACUCCCGUCUUGGCAUCAAGUGAGCAUAUUCCCACAACCACAGGCUUUCCCUCCACGCCCCUCAACGCUAGUCUCAAAUGGGACUUUUGUUGCUAUUUGGUUCAACAUCAUCUAUCAAGACACUCUCACUGCAGUUGCAAAGGGUAGCCGGUUUUGGCUCCCCUUGACCAUCUUGUUUUCAAGAAUUUAUAGAUCCCAUUGUGCUGACUGUGUUCUUCCCUGCUUCCAUCCUUUCUCCCACAAGCAUCUCUUGCAGCACUUCCCAUUCAUAUGAGGUCUGUCUUCAUCCACAAAGCCACUGUUACUCUCACCUUCUUUAUCUUCUACUCCAGAUUUUCUUUUUGUUGCCAGUUUCCUGCGGGCUGUGUCUGUAACGGCUCAGCCCAGCGCCUUCAUCAGCAAACAUCAUCAACACGGCAAACAAUACCAUGGAAGCAAUCAAGACAAACAAGCUGCUUAGCGAGACCACACACAACCAUAUGGGACUUCUUCACGUAAAUAGACUGCCUCUUAUUUUCUUAUCUUCUCCAGAUUCGAUAUUCUCGUCGAUGGCUACUAGUUGGUUUAGACAGGAAUAUCAAUUCGUUAAUAUCUUCUAGCUAUGACAGAC